AUGCACGAUAUAGUACAUGAUUUUGUUGCAUUUUUGACCAAAAAAGAAGUUGUGGUAAAAGAGGUCAAUUCUGUCGAAAAUUUGGGAUUGGACUCAUCAUCUGUAAGAAAGGUUCGUCAUUUGAGUUUGACAGUUGGAAAAGGGCAUGAUUUCCCUUUGUCUGGUGCCUAUCACUUGCGGAGCCUUGUUGUGACUGCAAGCAAUAACAAUUAUGAUGUAAAUUCUGAAGACCUGCGUAACUUAUUCUGUCAAUCGAAACGCCUGCGGCUAUUGGAGUUUGGGUUCAAGAGUGAAACGAGUUUGGUUGCAGAAAAAUUUCUCAAAGAAAUGAGGAAUUUGAUUCAUUUAAGAUAUCUUAAAUUGAGUCAUAGCAAUGAAAUAAAAAGAUUGCCAGAAGCUGUGUGUGACUUGUGUAAUUUGCAAGUCUUAGAUCUUUUUAAGUGCAGAGGUCUUGAAAAGCUGCCAGAUGGGACAGGUAGAUUGAUCAACUUGAGGCAUCUUUCUACCGAGGGUUGUAACAGCCUACAGUACUACCCAAAAGGGAUUGGGAGAUUAACUUCUCUCAGGGUAUUGUUCCCUGUCAUUGCGAAUGCCGACGGUAAUGACGCUAAACAAUUCAGUGUUGGUGAUCUGGAAAACUUGGACCUCCUUCGUAAAUCUCUUCGGAUAAAACUGGUGGGAAAUGCCAUCGACAAGGAUGAGAUUAGGAGAGCCAAACUUCAAAACAAGACGCAUCUCAAUCGAUUGUAUAUUAAGUUGGAAGGAAAAGAGAUGAAGGAAGAUGAUGUGAUUGCAGCCUCUAAUCCACCUCCAACCUUAGGCGUAGAGUUCACCAGCUUGUGGAUGAGCUAG